GGUUUGUUUAUCUUCUGCUUUGGCGCCGGUUCCACGAAUAUUCGCGUAAAUUUUGUUGCGCACUUGGCCGUGGAAAGCUCGGUCAAUCGGCAGUUUAGUGAAUAAGGUUCUAUUUUGCGCUCAAAAUGAGCUCCGAUUGGCGUGCUAACCAUUCCGACGAGGAGGAAGAUGAGCAAGAUGACGUUUUUGCCGGCCGUUCGGGGCUAAUAUUGACGGUGGACUGUGCCAGCUACAUGUUCGAGCGGGAGGGUGGUGAAUCGGAAUCUCGGUUCGUGGAAGUGCUGCACAUAAUCGAGGCCAUGAUGCGCAACAAAGUGGUUACCAAUGAGACGGAUUUGGUUGGAGUCGUGUUCUACAACACCAAACAUAAUCCCGCACCCGAAACGGAGGAGGAACUGCAGCCGGGUUUGGUUGCGCCGCGACAAUGUGCCAUCUAUCUCCCGCUCGGCGCAACCUCCGUGGAGAUGAUACGCAAAGUACGGGGAAUGCGCGAGUCGGACGACUUGUUUGGCUUCGACGCGAAGUAUGGCCACGCGCAAGGCACCAGCCUGUCCAAUGUGCUGUGGCUCUGCUCGCGCAUGUUUUCGCACUGCGGCUACAAGCUGGCGCAGUCUACGAUCGUGCUGUUUACGAGCAACGAUCAACCGCACGACAGUAGCAGCAGCGAGUAUCAGCAGGCGCUGGUGAAGGCGCGAGAUUUGCAGCAGAAGGAAAUCUUUGUCGAGCUGGUGCCGAUGAGCGGUAGCUUCGAGUGCGGCAAGUUUUACAAAGAGUUCCUGUGCACCGUGCUGGAGGAGGAGCUGGACGAGUUCGAGUGUCCGGUGUACGAGCAGUCGAAGGAACGGCUGCUUCAUCGGCUGUUUGUGCGAAGCUAUAAAAAGCGCUCGAUAGCGGGGAUUAAGUGGCAUCUUUCGGACGAUGUAUCACUGGCGGUGAAUGUUUACUCAUUGAGAAGGCGUCCCCGUUACCCCAAGAAAGUACGAAUGUUAAGGACAACCAACGAGGUGAUCGUAUCCAAACGGGUACACGUGUCCAGUACCUUUUCCGAUGAGCGCGAGGAGGAAGACACAAAAGUACUCUUGCCCGGCGAACAAAGAAAAUCGAUCGCUAUCGGUGGCGAGAAGGUAUCGUUCAAGCCGGAAGAGGUGGCACAAAUGAAACAGCUGCUGCCGCCAGGAAUACGGCUGCUGGGAUUCAAACCGGCAUCGGUAAUCAAUAUGACCAAUCAUCUUCGCAGCAGCUUGUUCCUGUAUCCCAAUGAAAGCUACAUCAACGGCUCGACUACGCUGUACCGUGCGCUGUACGAAAAGUGUCUCGAGAAGAACCAGGUCGCCAUCUGCAUGUUGACAAUGCGGCGAAAGCAACCAUCGAAAUUGGUAGCGCUGGUGCCGCAAACGGAAUUGGCGCAUGAUCCGCUGGGCGAAGCGGAUCGACAUUGUGGCUUCCGCGUUGAUUUUAUUCCUUUCGCUGGUGACAUCAGAAAGCUUCCCUUCCUGGAGGAGUCAGCCACCGCCCCGGAAGUCACAGACGAGCAGGCCGAUCUGUUUAAAAAGUUGAUCAAAAAGGUGAAGUUCAAAUUUCAUCCCACCCACUUUGAGGAUCCGUCGUCGCAAAAUCUGUUCAUCAACAUCGAGUCGCUGGUGUUCGACGUGGAAGAUGCCGAACUGUUCGAUUCUACGCGACCCGAUUGCGACCGGAUCGAUACCAAGCUGGAACCAAUUCUGACCGAUAUGGAGCGCCUGUUUGGGGAGGAUGUCGAGGAAGCACCGAAACGACGUCGCAAUGAGGGAACGGACCAUGAUGGCGAACCGCGAACGAAAGGCCCGAGGGUCGCACCGGUCAACGAUGAAGAGCUGGUAAAUCUGCUGAAACAAGGCAAAGUGGGCAGUUUAACCAUACCCGUGCUGAAGGAUUACCUGCAGAGACAGGGCGUGCGCGGAAUAUCGCAACUGACAAAAUCAGGCCUUGUAGAUCAGAUUUUAGCUAUGCAAGCAGAUUAAACAUUUAAGCUACCAUUAUGGUUUACGUUUCUACCGGCCAACUAUCCUCCAACCCCGGCUGCUCGGAUGCUCAUCGCAGGGAUCGUCAGAUGUGUGUUACUUUUGAUCGUUUUUCUCGUGUAACCAGGGCCGAAAGAUG